AUGGCCGAAGAGCUGGUGCUGGAGACGUGCGACCUGCAGUGCGAGCGCAAUGGCCGCGAGCACCGGACGGCGGAGAUGGGCAGCCAGCAGCUGGUGGUGCGGCGCGGGCAGCCCUUCACCAUCACCCUGCACUUCGCGGGCCGGGGCUACGAGGAGGGGGUGGACAAACUCGCCUUCAACGUGGAGACGGGGCCCUGCCCCAUAGAGACGUCGGGCACCAGAUCGCACUUCACCUUGACCGACUGCCCCGAGGAGGGGACCUGGAAUGCAGUGGUGCAGCAGCAGGACGGGGCCGCGCUCUGCGUCUCGCUCUGCUCCCCCACCAGUGCCCGCGUGGGCCGCUACCGCCUGACGCUGGAGGCCGCCGUCGAGUACCAGGGCUCCAGCUACCACCUUGGGGACUUCGUUUUGCUCUUCAACGCCUGGCACCCAGACGAUGCAGUGUACCUGCAGGAGGAGAACGAGCGCCGCGAGUACGUGCUGUCCCAGCAGGGGCUCAUCUACAUGGGCUCCCGGGACUACAUCACCUCCACGCCCUGGAACUUUGGGCAGUUUGAAGAUGAGAUCUUGGCCAUCUGCCUCGAGAUGCUGGACAUCAACCCCAAAUUCCUGCGGGACCAGAACCUGGACUGCUCCCGUCGCAAUGACCCUGUUUAUAUUGGCAGGGUGGUGAGCGCCAUGGUCAACUGCAACGACGAGGACCACGGGGUGCUGCUGGGGCGCUGGGACAAUCACUACGAGGACGGGAUGAGCCCGAUGGCGUGGAUCGGCAGCGUGGACAUCCUCAAGAGGUGGAAGAGGUUGGGGUGCCAGCCUGUCAAGUACGGCCAGUGCUGGGUCUUCGCUGCCGUGGCGUGCACCGUCAUGCGCUGCCUGGGCGUCCCCUGCCGCGUGGUCACCAACUACAACUCUGCCCACGACACCAACGGCAACCUGGUGAUCGACCGCUACCUGAGCGAGGCGGGCGUGGAGGAGCGGCGCUCCAAGGACAUGAUCUGGAACUUCCACUGCUGGGUGGAGUGCUGGAUGACCCGGCCCGACCUGGAGCCUGGCUACGAUGGGUGGCAAGCGCUGGACCCCACGCCCCAGGAGAAGAGCGAAGGGGUUUACUGCUGCGGGCCGGCCCCCGUCAAGGCCAUCAAGGAGGGGGACCUGCAGGCGCAGUACGACAGCCCCUUCGUCUUCGCGGAGGUCAACGCUGAUGUGGUGUACUGGAUCAUACAGAGCAACGGCGAGCAGAGGAAGAGCAUCCACUCCUCGGUGGUGGGGAAGAACAUCAGCACCAAGGGCGUGGGCAGGGACAGCCGCGAGGACAUCACCCACACCUACAAGUACCCAGAGGGGUCUGAGAAGGAGCGAGAGGUGUUCACCAAGGCGGAGCACGAGAAGAGCUCGCUUGGGGAACAGGACGAGGGGCUGCACAUGAGGAUCAAGCUGUCGGAAGGUGCCAACAAUGGCUCCGACUUCGACGUCUUCGCCGUCAUCAGCAACGACACGGACACAGAGCGCGAGUGCAGGCUGAGGCUGUGCGCCCGCACCGCCAGCUACAACGGCGAGGUGGGCCCGCAGUGCGGCUCCAAGGACCUGCUGAACCUCACCCUGCAGCCCCGUGGGGUGCAGAGAGUGCCCUUGCGCAUCCUCUACGAUCAGUACGGGCCCAACCUGACCCAGGACAACAUGAUCAAGGUGGUGGCUCUGCUGACUGAGUAUGAGAGUGGUGACAGCGUGGUGGCCAUCAGGGAUGUCUACAUCCAGAACCCGGAGAUCAAGAUCAGGAUUUUAGGGGAGCCAAUGCAGGAACGGAAGCUGGUGGCAGAGAUCACACUGGUGAACCCGCUGGCAGAGCCGCUGAACAACUGCAUGUUCGUGGUGGAGGGCGCCGGCCUCACUGAGGGGCAGAGGAUCGAGGAGCUCGAGGACCCCGUGGAGCCACAGGGAGAGGCCAAGUUCCGGAUGGAAUUCGUGCCGCGCCAGGCCGGGCUGCGCAAGCUGAUGGUGGACUUCGAGAGCGACAAGCUGAUGGGGGUGAAGGGCUACCGCAACGUCAUCAUCGCGCCCCUGCCCAAGUGAGGGCCCCCCCGAGCCCCCACCCUGCUCUAGCCCUGGGCAAUGCUGCAGAGAAACAACCGUAAACCUUAGCCUGACCCGCACUGAGGGCACGGGACCCUGCUCCUCCAAAUGCCCACUGCCACCACAGCCCCUCUCCAUCGCUGCCGCCCCCAGGGUGAGCGACAGCAGGUGCUGCCAGGGCCAGGGGACAGUGACAACCGUAGUACUCCCCGUGCAGCCGGGGCUGAGCCAUCCCUUCUCCUCCACUCCCUCCCCAUGGAGGUGGACACGGCCCCAGCUCGGAGCCCUCCUGCAGCAGCCCAGCAGAAGCCUCACUCAUUUCUGCAGCUCUAAACACGCCCCUGGGACGCAGAGCACAUUUCAUAACGCAAACAAUAGGAAGACAAUCUUCUCCCGCACCGAUCGCGCAGCAGCAGCACUCAUGCCUGCCAGUUAAAGCGCUCUCAAUGCCAUUUGGUAGAGAAAAGAUUGUAUACUGUGAGCACAAAGCUGUUUAUAUGCUAUAUGCACAUAUAGCAUAAAUCUAUUUAUAGCUCUAUAAAUACGUACUGCCUAGAACCCUGCUGCAUAGGUAAAGCAGGUUAUUUGCUUUAAUAACUGUUCCUGUCACCGCAGAGAUGGUGUGGUGAGGAAUGGGACAUUGCCUUGUCGGGAAUUAACUAUGCAAGCACUGAAUAAAACCUCUAUUUUUCACUUUUAAA